AUGAAGUGCUUGGUCUCGUGCGUUACGUAUGAGCCGAAGUUGCGCCCCACGAUCGCGUGCCAGGUCGGGUUGUACUUCUUGUCGAAUUCUUUCUUGAUGAACGCGGCGAUGUCCUUCUCGAUGUUGUACUUCUCUAGAGCCUGCGUCGCGCAAUCGAUGGCGUCCUGCUGCAUGUCCUCGGCCAUGUCGGCAUUCUUGAUGACCGCCUUGCGGUCCGCCAUGGCCCUUCUCUGCCGGCUGCGCAGGAGCGCAAGAAGGUGUAGCAACCAGAAGCUCCACUGGCUUGCUGGAACCUUGAACCAAAAUGGCUACGGAUCUCAUUGCUAUGAUUAA